AUGAGACUAGUUAUCUGCUUCUGGCCGUCAGUCCCAACAGUAGACACCAGCCUCUACAACCUGUCUCCCGCACAAGCUGCAUUUUUCAAGACACAAACCGGUAUUGAUAAUGAUGAAGACUUGAAAAAGCAUAUCCUGGAAGUUCAGGCGAAAGCAUACAAGGUUGCACCAUAUCCUUGUAUUCACGGAUUUGGCUUCCUUCAGUUAAACUUGUCAAAAUUUCCUGUGUAUGAACACAUCCUGCAGCUUGGUCGCGAGCGCCCCAAUGCGGUGUUACUCGAUAUCGGUUGUUGCUUCGGUGUUGACGCCAGAAAGGCUGCGGCGGACGGGUUUCCUGCCAAAAACAUUGUUGCGUCUGAUGUUGUCAACGAGUUUCUUCAAUUGAGUCACGAACUUUUCAAAACGACACCAGCUUCUUAUCCCGGAUGCCUCCUUCCUGGAGAUGCCUUCGAUCCAGAAUUUCUCUCUAUAGUUGCGCCGUCGGACGACAUCUCUCCGGCGCCAGCUAUUGACUUGUCCUCGCUGAAAUCCCUCAACCCUCUCCAUGGUCGCAUUAGCGCAAUAAACGCUAUUGCAUUCUUCCACCUCUUCAAUGAGGAGAAACAAUUGCACGUUGCCAGGGCUCUCGCGGGUCUUCUAUCUGCUCAGCCAGGCUCUGUAAUUUGCGGCUUUGACACCGGAGCUCUCGAAAAGGGCAUCGUAACUGCCAAUUUAUCAGGCGUCGAGUAUCAGACGUUUUCUCAUUCUCCCGAGACUUGGUUAUCUUUGUGGGAUGGAGAAGUUUUUGAGAAGGGGACUGUCAAGGUGGAAACAGAGUUGGUGGAAAUUCCGGUUUUCGAUACGCGACACUUGAUGAUGAGGUGGUCGGUGACGAGACUGUAG